CUCUCAUGCUCUUCUCUUUGUCUCUUUCCCGUCGAACUCAGCACUCACCCACUUUGACAUCCACCCACUCACUCCUGAUCGGAUCACGAUUCAUGGCGCAGAUUCCAGUCUGUCAGUUACUGUACCCAACGCCCUCAUAAAGACCACCCUAAUUUUCAGGCAGGAGAUUGGUGCGCUCCACAUAUUCCCCACCCGUGCUUAGUUUUCUAAAAUUUGCAGUUGCGCAUUCGCACCAACGCGCGAGAAACAUUUCGUAUACUCGCCACCAGGUGCGGAAGCAGCCGUGAAGCACUAGGGCUGUCGCGUCACGCGUUACGACUCACACAGUCGAAGCCGCCCAUCCCCUCUCGGCCCGUCGUCGCUGUUCGCCGUCGUUCUCCCGCUGCUCAUCGCCCUCGUCCCCCUCGCCGUUCCAACCGGACUGCUCGUCUCUCCAGUCGCCCCUCGCGCCUUUUCUCCUUCACGUGCCCCUCUUUUUCGUCCGCAUUUUCCCGCGAAUCCGCGCCCCCCCGCACCCCGCCCCCCCCGCUUUACUUUCCUCUCCGCGAUCAUCCCGCCGACACGACCCCCCCUCCUUCCCCCCGUUCGCUUGCGCACGGCCCAGUUGCGGAUAUUGGGCGCGCACGUUGAGCACGUCCUAUCCGCGCGCCCCUCCCGCACUGCCGUUCGCUGCGAUCACCCCCCUACUAGGUUCUUGCGAUGGCUUAAAGCGCGCAUGCCUCUCCCUUCCGCCGUACUUAAUCACCUUAACUUAUUCCCCGUGAAUUGCCGCGGCGUCAUGGGCGGCGAGUCAGGGCCUUUAAUCCGCACGGUCUCGGGGGUAUAGCCGCGAUCGCGCUUUCACUCGCCGCCGAAGAUUCGACGAAGCGCAGGAGCCAUGGACGUAGCCACGGCAAACAAUCUGCACCAAUCACUUGGCGCAGCUGCAGGGGGAGCAGCCCCCGUGCCGGUGCAAUACGACUUAGAGGUGGCAGGCGUGCCUACAUACGGAGGUGCCUACACGCGCUACGACAUCUGUGGGCACAUAUUUGAGGUGUCCGCUAAAUAUGUGAAGCCCAUACGGCCCAUCGGCCGAGGGGCUUAUGGCAUUGUGUGCUCAGCAGUGGACAUGGAGACGGAGGAGGAGGUGGCGAUCAAGAAGAUCUCCAACGCCUUUGACAACCGCAUCGACGCCAAGCGCACGCUCAGAGAGAUCAAGCUGCUGAGGCACUUCGACCACGAGAAUGUUGUUGCACUACGCGAUGUAAUCCCCCCUCCUGACCGCUCGAGCUUCAACGAUGUGUAUGUGGUGUACGAGCUGAUGGACACGGACCUGCACCAGAUCAUCCAAUCAGGGCAAAUGCUGUCGGAGGAGCACUGCCAGUAUUUUCUCUACCAGCUUUUGCGAGGUCUCAAGUACAUCCAUAGUGCCAGUGUGCUGCAUCGCGACUUAAAGCCCUCGAACCUCCUCCUCAGCGCUAAUUGCGAUCUCAAGAUCUGUGACUUCGGCCUCGCAAGGUCGGUGCAAGAGGCGCACUUCCUGACCGAGUAUGUGGUAACCAGAUGGUACCGCGCUCCAGAGCUGCUGCUCAACUGCCAGACCUACACAGCAGCCAUUGACGUGUGGUCGGUGGGCUGCAUCUUCAUGGAGCUGCUGAAUCGAGAGCCGCUGUUUCCAGGAAAGGACUAUGUCGAGCAGCUCAGACUGAUCACUGCUUGCCUGGGCUCCCCAGAUGAGUCGGACAUCGAGUUCCUCCAAUCGGAGAACGCCCGCCGCUACAUCCGCUCGCUGCCCUUCUUCCCCAAGCAGCCGCUGGCGCAGCGCUACCCGCACCUGCCGGCCGUGGCCAUCGACCUCAUGUCACGGAUGCUCACGUUUGACCCGCUCAAACGGAUCACAGUGGAAGAGGCUCUCUGCCACCCCUACCUGUCAACUCUCCAUGAUAUUAACGACGAGCCGGCGUGCGACGACCCCUUCCACUUUGACUUCGAGGGGCCGUUCCUAUCGGAUGAGAUCAUAAGGGAGAUGAUCUACGCCGAGGCGCUGGCGCUGAAUGCGCCUGUGGGGGAUGAGGAGGGGGUGGAUGCUGAUGGGGAUGCGGACAUGAGAUGAUGAUGGUGAUGACGUGGUGGUGAUGGUGAUGCUGAGAUGAGAUGAUGGUGACGGCAGUAUGAGAUUGUGAGGAAGGCGCGUGCUUUGAACGCGCCUGUGGGGGAUGAGGAGGGGGUGGGUGCUGAUGGGGAUGUGGACAUGAGAUGAUGAUGGUGAUGGUGGUGGUGAUGGUGAUGGUGAUGGCGAUGGCGAUGGCAAUGGCGAUGGCGAUGGCGAUGGCGAUGGCGAUGGCGAUGGCGAUGCUGAUGGUGGCAUGAGGUGACGGUGACGGUGGUGUGCUUGUCAUGUCAUGUGGGCAUUUCGUGAUGGGGAGGAUGGCAUGAGGUGAUGGUGAGGAUGGCAUGAGGUGAUGGUGAUGAUGGCAUGAGGUGAUGGUGAGGAUGGCAUGAGGUGAUGGUGUCAUGAGUGAUGGUGAUGAUGGUGAUGGCGGUGUGGCCGUCAUCUGGGCACCUCGUGAUGGUGUUGUUUGGGCAUGAUGUCAUGGCAAUUGCAAAUGGAGUGUGGGAUGAAGGGUGGGGGGCAGUUGAGAGUGGUUGGAGACGGUGGGUGGGGAGGAAAGUGAGUGCAGACACAGCGGACUACAAGAGAAGGCUGCUUUUCCAGCAGUCUUGAAACCAGGGUUUAGGAAGCACAGCUUGAGAAGCCAAGAGAAGCCAGCUUGGUAGGGAGAGAUGGAAUAAUGGGAAGCCAGCUUGUGCUGGGCAUGACAGGCAACCUGCAUGAAUAUCUGUUUACGACCCGAAUCUAUCAUGUCGAGUGGGUUACCAUCAGUCAUGCUGUGCGGCAUGCCUCAUGUGUCUGUCCGCAUGCCUUGCUGGAGGUCAGCAAAGCUUCCUGGGGCAGAUGUCUCACUACCAAGUCAACCAAUCUGCUUAUUGGUACUGGUAGAUAUUCAUUGUGGUAUUACUUGAUCACCAUAUUAUACAAAUAUGUUUGACACCCCCUAGACUGGACAAGGGGCAGUGCCUGGCUAGAUUGUAGUAGUCCGC